AUGCCAAAGCCCAAACGCACCAUCAACGCAGUUGUCGAAGAGACGCUCAACCCGCCACAUGUACUGCCGCCGCACCAACAGAUCGCUCGGUUGAAGCAGGCCGCGGGUAAGAACCUCUACCAUCUAGAGCUUGCUUCCGGCGAGAUCGUGCUCGCCGAGCUGAACCAGAAGUUCCGGUCGACCAUCUGGCUGAAGCGGGGUUCUUACGUCGUGCUGGACACCGCGGCGCUCGCGGAUCGUGGGAAUAAGCUCGGUGGGGAAAUCGUGAAUGUGGUGGGCGAUGAGAAGGCGUGGCGGAAGAUGUCGUAUUGGCCUGCCGAGUUCGGGGUGAGGAAGGCUGCGUAUGGCGACGAUGAGGACGAGGAUGAGGGCCCGCAAAUGCCGCCGGAGGAUGAUGAGGACGAGCAGGGUUGA